GAGCUGCAAAAGAGUAGAAGGUGUUUGAUCGGCUAGAAAUUGCCUUGGAUUAAGAACCUGGAAAAACAAGGUUUCUCACUCAAAACCCAUACAACGGCAUCUUCCCAUCAUUCAGCAGUGGCUGGCUUUUAGUUUCAGAAGAAAUCUUCAUUGCUUCACUAGAAGAAAACUCAAAAGGAGGGGGAGUUUUUACCAGUGUCCCAUCCUCAGGUCAGAAGGAAAAGGAGCAAGGACAAAAGCGCUUGCACAUUAUUCCUUGUGAUGAAGAGAGAAGGUAAAACAUGACUGUUUCUACCUACCGAAACCUGUCUCUGAUGUCUGUCCCCUUAACUGCUCAUCUGUUUUCAAGUGUCUGCUACCAGCAUCUGUACUGCCAUGUGGUUAGAGACACAGUGGAAGAACAUCCGCCAAGUCUUGUUGCUUCUUUUCACUGCUGCUCUUCUCAUUGGGGUCACCAUGCUGGCCAUUUCAUCCAACAUCAAUCCAGUAGGCUAUUUCUUCCUAGGGGUAGGGGGAGUGUGCCUGAUCGGCUAUUUGCUGAGUGUGUUUGUUGAGUGUUACCUGAGGAAUCGACAGCAACGUGACGCAAACGAGAUACCUCCAAACAGGCAAAACCAAGAAGGGGUGAACGCUGCCUAUGAAGCACCCACCUAUGAGGAAGUGAUGACCAUGUCAGUUCCAGCAAUAUGGACAAUUGCAUCCAAUCCAGGCUUAGUACCCUCGCCACUGACUGAGCCUCCUCCUUACAAUGUAGUUAUUGAAUCAUCCACCCGAGAAGAGAUGAUGGUGGAGGCUCUCAGGGUGUCAGUGGCAUCAGACACAAUGCACACCUCUGAGACAGACACAGGACCCAGGAUGCAGUUGCAGGUGGUGAUGCCCCCAAGACUGCAGCGGUUUGUUUCUGAUAUCCAUGAAGUGAAAGGUGUUGAAGACAGGUUUGAACCACUGGAGCCACUCACUCCACCACCUGCUUAUGAGAGUGCUGUCAAUGAUGAUGUCUUUGAAGACGCCUUCCAGCCCUCCAUAUUAUGAUUCAUUUCACCUUCCAGGAAUGCAGUAUGAAAUCCCCUGUCUGAUACAGAAUGUUCCUAAAGGGAAGGUGAAAGAACUGAGAUUUUUCACACCAGAAACCGUAGACAUUUGCCUCACCAUUCUUUGAACCAGAGCUGAGCUACAGACACAGCUUCUGAUAUCACUAGAAUCUUUUGCACAAAAUACAGACCAAUGCAAUACCACAAUGCUUUGUCUUGGGAGAUACAUAAAACCACUGGGAGGAAAGCCAUGUUGUACCUGGCAACAAUUCUUACACUGGACAGACACCUUUAUGGGGGAGGAAGGUGAAUCCUGAGAAAACGCUGCCAAAGGACCUCUAAAGGACUGCAGGAUGCAGCCAGAAGUUGCCUGGGAAAGGGCAGAAAUAGAAACAGCACUAAGCAGAUUCUGCCUGUGCAUUACAAACUUCCUUGCAAUCAUCAGUCACCCUAAAACCCCUACUGACAGACUGAGGCUGUAGUUCCCCCAAGUUGCUGCUUUGCAGCAAUACAAGUUUAUAGUCUACACUGUUGCUACUCCUCUGCCGCACUUGAUGGGCAUCCUCUGCUGUGCUCCACUGCAGUCUGACUGAGGGAAGGAUGGCUGUCUUCAUCUAGAAGCUGGCACCACCUCAUACUUGUCUCUUGGGAUUGAAAAGCUGAUGGCAAGCACCUCCACCCCACACAGCCUGCAGCAGUGGACAAGAGGGAGAUAAUAGCAACUGUUUUUCCUCUACUAAGAGGAGCUGGCAAUGGGAUGUGUACACAAAUACAUGUCCUCUGCCUGAACUCUUUGCAGCUCUACAGGAGGGUGUAUUUUUCAACUGUACUACAGGUCCAAACAGAUGACUUGAGAUACUUUCUUGUUAUCAUGGCAAGCAUUUGCACUUCCAGCUCUCCAUAACACCGCCAUGCAUGGAGGCUUCUCUCUGGACUCUGGAAAGGGGCAGUCCAUCUGCCAAGGCCACAGCUGCAGGAGAGCACCUUGGAGAAUAACAGCUUUGAGACACUUGUGGUGUUCAUCGUGGCUCUAGGCUGGAGCCAGGUUCCAGCUCUCACUAUCAGUGAUGCUCUGUGGUCAUUUACAAUGGUAGAGCUAACCUGACAGGCUCUGCAGUGUUAAAGUGGUCUGCAGCAUGCAAAGAGACAUUCAUGUCUGAUGAGUGUCCAGAUACAAACAAUGAAAUAAGGUGGUCUGAAUCUCUUUAUGAAGGAGAGCAGCAAUGAUCAAAGCCGUGUCUCAUAUGACUGCAUCACCUUUAAUUCAUAUGAGAAACCAUCAAA